AUGUCCAGCGUUGAGACCAUCCAGCGCAGUGACAUCAUUACACCCACCAAGUCCAGCGCACGCUCCGAUGAGCCGGCGCUCUUUGAUUUCUUCAACUUCAUUCACCAACAACUGAAGGUCAUGAAUCUGGGUUUGGCUCGCCAGAACGCUGCGUUCGAGGCCGAACAGCGCGAAGAACAAGCGCAGCAGCUCAAGAUAAUCGCCGACAUCCACCUCAGCCUCGAUAAUCUAAACACCACAUUCCGAUCCGAGUCGAAGGCUGUGGCGUCUGCCGUAGAGAAAGGUUUCGGUGAAAUGAAUGCUGCGUUGCAACAGAACCAUCAGGCCUCCCUGAAGGAGAAGGACCAACUCCUGAGCCUGCUUGAUCGCUACGUUCCCGCGAAGUAG